UUAUGAAUAUUUAAUAUAAAAAUUCAAUGAUUUUACUUUGAUUUACAGGCUUUAAAUCUUCUGAUACUUCUUCAAAAUGCAUCAAUGAAAGCAAUGCGUCGGGAGAGAUGAUAUAUCGGUGUACAUAUUGUCCUCAUUUUUCAAACCGAAAAGGAAACUUGAAAUAUCAUAUGCGUAUUCAUACUGGCGAACGUCCAUUUUCUUGCAGAAUUUGUUCCAAAGGAUUUCGUAGAAACUGUGAUCUUCGAAGACAUGUGAUAACCACUCACUCUGAAUACAUUUUGCUUUGGUUCACAGGUUUUAAGUCUUCUGAUACUUCUUUGAAAUGCAUCACUGAAAGCUGUGCUUUGGGAGAGAUAGUAUAUAGAUGUACAUAUUGUCCUCACUUUUCCACCCAGAAAGGAAACUUGAAAUAUCAUAUGCGUAUUCAUACUGGUGAACGUCCGUUUUCUUGCAGAAUUUGUUCUAAAACAUUUCGUAGAAAUUGUGAUCUUCAAAGACAUUUGAUAACUCAUGCCCAGAAUAGAAAUUUGGAGUUUUAAAAAACAAAUGCAUGUACAAAUAUCAGUAGCUUUUGUGCUAAAUAUGAUUUCCAGUACAAAGACUUCUUAAAAUCCUUUACUGUAUGUAUUAUAUAAUUCAUUGCAUUUUAUCUGUUAUGUUAGUAACAUGUUUUUAUUAAGAGGAAGUAAAGUACAUUAAAGCAUUUUAAUAAGAAAUUUUAGCAAAAGUAUUGAAACUUUCUCUGUGAAGUUUUUGAUUUUAUAAAUAUAUAAGAUUCAGAAUCAAAUUUUUAAUACAUUCUGAGCAAAAGAGAUAUGUUAUAUUUUUCAAAGGUUUAUUUUAAAAACAGAGCAUUUGAGGUAAAUAAAAGUAUCUGUCUCUAUAUAUGAUGUAAUCAACAAAACAAGCUGCUAAUAAAUGUUGUAUGAGAAUCCAA